UCGUGGUAGUUCAGUUGCGGAGCAUCGAUUCCUGUACGAAUAUCGUCUGAUGAGAAAGCCACGUCUCGGGCUCGACCCAGUCGUGACUUAUUUAUUCAAUUAAGUAAUAAUAGUAAUUGAAUUACACGUAAAGAGAAUAUCUUGCGAGCGUGCGUGCGUUCCAAAAAGUAGCGAGAAUGCCGGAAACAAGGCGAGCAAGGGGAAAAUUCUAUUCCACUUGUAAUUAAAUUAAUUGAAUUAUCGAGAAGCUUUCGUUGGAGCCUUCGGUCCUGCGAAACCGAUUUCACUGUCGAUCUUCCGUUGACGAUCCACCUUCAAAUGGAAAAAGAAUUGACAAGCCCUGAACGAAUUUCGUCGGUUCGUUUAUUCUGACGUGUGAUAUGCAUGUGACAUACACCGUUCCCCCUGAACAUCGUACCCAUAAAAUUCAAUCGCCAGUGAUUCCCAAUCGGGCUCCCAAGGAAUUACCCAAAGCAACGCAAAUCAUAUGCACGGUGAUAGAAGAGAAUUCUUAUAUUUUAACAAAAAUAAAAAUUUCAGGGAAUUUGUGAUUGAUUCCUAACUAUAUUUUAAAUGAAAAUCUACAAAAAAUAUGGUAGUUGGUAUUGCUAUAAUUUCAUAGGGAAAAGAAAUGAAAAUUAUAUUUUUUUGGCUAAAUUUUCACGAGAGCGAAAUUUGUGGUUGGAAACCACUGGUCUCGAAUGUGCAGCGACAUCUUUGUUCAUUGACGAUAGUUCUAGAAUGAUUAAACCAUAGAAAUUAGCCACCUAGCGAUGUAACUGAACCAAGAAUCACUCCUGGAAAUAUGCAGCAGUUUACAUAUACAUGAAGCAAACCCGUAGCAAGAAAGGUAGCCGAUUUUGCUUGGAUUCACACGUUAAAAGGCUCCUGCAUUGGGGUCAACUCUUCUUGAUUCGAAUGAUUUAUUUCUCCGCUCUACAUAUGAAAGAGCCCGAAAUAUUGGCGGUCGAGGCGUCGAUAACAAUUGAUAUCGAAACAAUCGCCGUGUACAAUCACGAACGAGUCGGUGAUAGUCGUGUGAUCGAUAAUAAUGUUUGCUAGUACCACGGACACGAAGCGAGCCCAAACGUUGGUCGUGUUCAAAACGAAGAUUUAAUACGAGCUCUCCCUCCCCCUCACCCUGUGGUAAGCAUAAGACAUCAACAAGAAAGUGUCGCAUAAUGCGAUAGAAAAAAAAGGAUUUCAGGCGUCGUGACACGAGGUAUUCGUCUACCCGUUUGUUGAAGCGGAACCGUUGAACGACGGGAAUUUCAGUCUCACGAGAUAUCUCGCCUUAUCGGUCAGCGGGAGUUAUUUCGUAACGAGAAAGAGAUCACCGCUAUACAAACAGGAGGAAGAUCACGGAAUGGCAUUAUCUAUGGUGGCUGUUCCAUCUGGAACAGCUUCGGUCCCAGCUGGAACUGGUAUCGCACAGAGUGAAGAGGUUGAGAAUGGAGAUGUUUUUAGCGAACGUAAUAUUAACUCAGUUACCAGCUGCAAUGAAACAUCCAGUCCCGGAGAUGCUUUGGAGGAAAUUAACUGUGGUACCGAUGAGAAUGGUGAUCAAGAGUGUGCAAUUUGUAUGGGCAAACUAUGUUCGCCACGAGUGCUCUCUUGUCUUCACGUGUUUUGCGAGGCUUGCUUGGAUAAGCUUUUGAUGGACGAGGCAGGUGACCCAAAGGUCAGCUCGGUACUCGUCUGUCCUAUCUGUCAACAAGAAACUUCCAUUAGUUCUAAGGGUGCCGCAUCGCUCACUUGCGACUAUGUUCUAACUAAUAUACUUGACAUGUCUGCGAUCGAAAACAUGGCUGUACUAUGUACCUCGUGCAAAGCCAAAGAUAGCGCGGUCGCGCGGUGUUCGGACUGUGCCAACUUCUUGUGCCCAAGUUGUGACUGUGCACACCAGUUUAUGCGCUGUUUUGAAAGCCACAAGGUAGUCGCCUUUGAAGAUUUAAAGAAAUCCAACGAAACUGUACCAAUACACAAACCUAUUUUUUGUGAAUGUCAUCCUGCUGAGAAUAUGAAGUUUUACUGUUACACUUGUCAGGAACCUAUAUGUAAUGAGUGUUUGCUUGUCGAACAUAAAGCCCCAGAUCAUCAAUACGAACGAUUGCUAGAUGCAGAACCACGCCAAAAAGAAGAAUUAAUCAAAUUAGUAAAUGAAAGUAAAGCGAGAAUUGCCGAUUGUGAUCAGGUGUCUGCUCAACUGGACAAUGCACUUAGAGAACUUCAAGCUCAACAUGACCAGGCGAAAGAUCUGAUUAUAGAAACAUUUCAAAGUUACAAAGCUAUAUUAGAAAAAUGCCGGGAUAAUGCCUUGGAUGAGCUAGAAAAAUUGCAUUCUGAUAGAGAAUUGGAAAUAAUGGACUCAUUUCAUAGUGUUGAAAAAACUGUAGAGAAGAUAGAAAAUGCCUGUCGUUUCACCUCCAGACUUUUGGAAUACGGUGACGCCGUGGAGAUUCUAGCACUUCGCCGGAUCGUAGGAACUCAGUUAACGAAUUUAAUAAAAAAUACACCGAAGCCAAAUGUUUCUUUUUCCAUCGAAUUUCAGACUGAUUACAAUCAAUUUGAAGAAACAGUGAAGGACGUGUUUGGAAAAUUUCACACCGAGAGUACACCAGUCGUAAAAAGUGAGGCACUUACCACUGUCCCAGGAGUGAGUACGAGUCAACAAGUUGUUCACACUUCGAUGGGUUGUCCGCGUUCCAUUAGCAUAAGGUCUCCCAUAUCUCUUCCUGCGUCAAUGCAAUCUUCGUUUGAAGGUGAACCUUCAUUUGUUAUACCUCCGACAUCCAGUCCUCAGAAUAUUCCACCUCCACCGCCACCUGUAUCCCUUCCCCCAGGUCCUAUCCAUGGCCUUACCAGUAUUCAAGAGUACAAUCUGCAACAACUAGCCAGUUUAGCAGAAAAGGUUGAAAUGGUUGGAGACACAAAUGUGGUUGGACCCGCUUCAAGCCCUAACCCAACUCAACCUUUCAUUUUGGCUGAGUUGUUCGCUGGUGAUCUAAGUUCCACAAGUCAUGCAAUUAAUAAUCUGCAAGCUUUGGCUAAGUUAGGGAACACGCUUGGCAAUCAAGAUCUUGGAAAUCCUGCGAUCAAUGGCGGCAGUGGUUUGGUAUUGGGCAGAGGUCCAUCACCAGCAAUUGUGGAUACACCAAAUUUAAGUCUAGCUCCCAACAGUCUUUUAAAUGGAGGGUUUCAGUCACUAUCAUCCUCCACUUCUCCGAUAAUUUCACAGAGUGCUGACGACUUAAUGGGCGAUUCGAUGCAUAACAUACCUGUAGCAGUGGGGAACAGUGUUGGCAACGUGACUGGUUCUGGAUCCGGGAAUUACGCUCAUCCACGUUCGAAUAAUGCAAAGUUCACGCCCAUGCAUAUCCGUUGUAAAUUCGGGCAGUUAGGCCCCAGUAAAGGUCAAUUCAGUUCACCCCAUGGAUUCUGUUUAAGCGCUGAUGAAGACAUUAUUGUCGCCGACACGAAUAAUCAUAGAAUUCAAAUAUUUGAUAAGACUGGUGUUUUCAAAUUCCAAUUUGGUGUUCCUGGCAAAGAGGAAGGACAACUGUGGUAUCCUAGGAAAGUUGCCGUUAUGCGAAACAGUGGGAAAUUCGUUGUCUGCGACCGCGGGAAUGAACGUUCCAGAAUGCAAAUAUUUACAAAGAACGGUCAUUUUAUUAAGAAGAUAGCAAUUCGUUACAUCGAUAUUGUAGCUGGCCUAGCUGUCACUAGCGAGGGUCAGAUUUUGGCUGUUGAUAGUGUGUCGCCAACAGUGUUUGUGAUCAACGAAAUAGGAGCCUUGUGUAGGUGGUUUGACUGCAGUGAAUAUAUGAGGGAACCAAGUGAUAUUGCAAUUAGUGGUAAAGAAUAUUUUGUGUGCGACUUCAAGGGACAUUGUGUGGUAGUGUUCAGCGAGUCAGGCAAGUUUUUGCGUCGCAUUGGCUGUGACAACGUAACAAAUUUCCCAAACGGGAUAGAUAUUAGCGAUGCAGGCGACAUAUUGAUAGGAGAUUCGCACGGUAAUCGUUUUCACGUGGCCGUUUUCUCCAGAGACGGUUCCUUGAUUUCAGAAUUCGAAUGUCCAUACGUUAAGGUUUCUCGAUGUUGCGGCUUGAAAAUAACUUCCGAGGGAUAUAUCGUAACGCUGGCUAAAAAUAAUCAUCACGUCCUCGUACUGAACACUCUUUACAUAUCAUGAAGCGAGGAAGCAGACCAAUCAAGUACGUCACAAUUAUCUUCCGCAAGUGGAACUUCCUUGUGAGAAAAUACAAAAUCGCUCUGCUCUCAACGAAAGAUUAAAUCGACAAAGAAGAAAUAAAAAAAACUGAAAAAAAGUAAUGCCUGGUGGCGAUCGAAGUUCUUUUGAGAUUCGGGCCUAUCAAAGCAAUAGUAAAGCAAGUGCAGCAUGCAGCCUUAAUAGUCUGUAAAAAAGGAACAAAAACCUUUAAAAAAAAGAAGAAGAAGAAGAAGUUUAAUGCGUCCCUGUUUUAUGAAAGUAAACAACGUCGAAACGAUGAAAAUGGUGAAACGUAAACGUCUCCGACCAAAAGUGAAACAAAUAAAAAAACAAACAAAAACAGUAUAAAUAGUGAUUUAGCGAGUUGCAUUUGGUAAAUUGCCAAAAUAAAUUUAAAAAAACAUCAAGAGGAGGAAGUGGUGGACGAGGAAAGGGAAACGACGAGUGAAUGGGAACGGUUCGGCGGAUGGGGCAACAAGACGAAGAGGAAGAGGAGGAGAAGGAGGAAGGGAAUGGAAACUUCAGAGACACAAGUAGCUUUUCAUCAGAGUCAUCGGUUACAUCUUCAUCUUCGACUCGUCAGUAUUUUAGGUAUGUUUACAAAUCAAAUUAUUCUAGUCUUCAACGAGCACCGUUUACACGCUGGUUUCGAUCUGUGCUCUCGAAGCAACAACUUUUUUCGUGUAUUUUUAACCGGGUUCUCCGUAUUAUGGAACCACAUGGCGUACACACAUAGAAGUACACAUAGUAGACACACAUACACACACACACGCGCAUACAAAGACAAGACAAACACACACGAAGAAAGAGUACACGGUAUACACGGUUCUUUCUUCCGAAACGUUACUUCGAGACCUAUUUCGUAGACACGCUAAGUUUCUAAAGGUUUCGUUAAGGAAUCGUUAGGUUAAUCCGGUAUAGAGAGAGGGAAAGCGGUGAAAAAAUAAAAAUAAAAAAACAAACGUACGAAACGUAAAUUCUUGUGCUUAACGCGUGGGGAUAAAAUGCGUUGCAUGCUGCGACACACGGUAGUACUUCCUGCUCUUAUGUCAUAUCAUAUCUCUAACAAAUUGAAACGAAAGAAAAAUGGAAAAAAAAUAUUCAGUACUCCUUGUCACGGCAGGUAUAUACAAAUCUUAGCGAACUAAAAAUGGAAAAA